CAACUCACCCCGCCCGCCUGUUUGCCUGCCUGCCUGCCUGCCUGCCUGCCGCGCCCAGGCGAGACGCCGCUGCUGCCUCCGCUCUCUCUCUCUCUUUUUUUUUUCUCGUCCCUCAAACCCUCUCGCGGCUCUUCCGUCUUCCUCGUCUCCCCCCGCCCUCCUCACACCACCACCGCCUCGACGACCGUGAGGACUGCGCGCGCGGACCGGCAGACCGGACGGACGGCGCCCCCCGAACGUGCCCGCCCGAGCGUCUUUUCCUCCUCAGCGGGGCUCCCGUCGUCGUCUCUUUUCUCUCUCUCUCUCUCUCUCUUAUUACCCCCCACCCGCCCGCGCGCGCCGUAGUUGCGGUGCUUGCCGCGGCCGCCGCCCUCGUUCUUUCCCCCGGCGGGGGUCUCGGCCGGGGCCAGCGGCCUCCUCGGCCUCCCGCCUCGCCGCCUUCUCCCCCCUUCGUCUUCUUCUGCUUCGACGUCGCCCCGGAGGCGGACGGGGAGAGCCGGGAGAAGGUCGCCCGCGGCCGGGCAGCCGGGCCGGCGGGGGUCGCCCGGGGGCGCCUGAGGAGAAAGGAGGAGGAAGAGGAGGAGGAGGAAGAGCAGCGGCCGCCCAGGAAGGUUUUUAAGCUUUUAAGGAGUGACAAAAGCUGCACACCAUUAGUGCGGGAAGAUGAGUGAACUCGAUCAGUUACGCCAGGAGGCUGAACAACUAAAGAACCAAAUCAGAGAUGCUAGGAAAGCCUGUGCUGACGCUACUUUGGCCCAGAUCACAGCCAACAUUGAUCCCGUGGGUCGUAUUCAGAUGCGCACUAGAAGAACACUGCGAGGACACUUGGCCAAAAUUUAUGCCAUGCACUGGGGGACUGAUUCCAGGCUUCUGGUUAGUGCAUCACAAGAUGGAAAACUGAUCAUUUGGGACAGCUACACCACAAACAAGGUCCAUGCCAUCCCAUUGCGUUCCUCUUGGGUCAUGACCUGCGCAUACGCCCCUUCCGGAAACUACGUGGCCUGCGGUGGUCUCGAUAACAUUUGUUCCAUUUACAACUUGAAAACACGCGAAGGCAACGUCCGGGUCAGCCGGGAGCUGGCCGGCCACACAGGAUAUUUGUCCUGUUGCCGGUUUGUGGAUGAUAAUCAGAUUGUGACCAGCUCUGGAGACACCACUUGCGCCCUGUGGGACAUAGAAACCGGACAGCAAACGACCACGUUUACCGGCCACACCGGCGAUGUCAUGAGCCUAUCCCUCGCUCCGGAUUCCAAGUGUUUUGUCUCUGGUGCCUGCGAUGCCUCAGCCAAGCUGUGGGAUGUCCGAGAAGGGAUGUGCAGGCAGACCUUCACCGGCCACGAGUCGGACAUCAAUGCCAUUUGUUUCUUCCCCAAUGGCAACGCUUUCGCCACUGGCUCCGACGAUGCCACGUGCCGGCUUUUCGAUCUCCGUGCCGACCAAGAGCUCAUGGUCUAUUCCCACGACAACAUCAUCUGUGGCAUCACCUCCGUAGCAUUCUCCAAGAGCGGACGCCUCCUGCUAGCUGGUUACGACGACUUCAACUGCAACGUGUGGGACACGCUCAAAGCGGACAGAGCAGGCGUCUUAGCUGGUCACGAUAACCGCGUCAGUUGCUUAGGUGUGACUGACGAUGGCAUGGCGGUGGCAACAGGAUCGUGGGAUAGCUUCCUCAAGAUCUGGAACUGAAGCCUGAAAGUCUGUGGACUCCCCGCUGAUCAGAAGAAUUUUUUUUCCCAACGGUUGAAAGUUUAAAAUAAUGUAUCCAACUCAAUAUACUAACUUGGAUCCCCUUCUCUGCCUUCCACUCUCUCUCUCUCCUCCCCUUCCCCCUUCCUACCCUACCACCAAAGGGCAAAAUAUCUUUUCACGCCUCUUGUUCGCCGAAAGCAAAAGAGCACAAUUCUCUCUCUCCAAAGAGGAAUCACGAUUGUUAUACCAGUAAUAGCAAAAGAGAUCAAAAUUGUGCAUUCCAUUGGGGACCACAUGUUGUUAUUAUCAUUAUUUUGGGGUGGGGUUUGUUUAAAGAAAAAAAACAGAAAAAAAAUUAAAAAGAAAAUCACACGCUUGUUGUAAGCAUGCCCGGGCAAAACUUAAAAGCAAAGUAAAUGAUAUGAUAAAUAAGUAAGGAAAACAAACACCUUGUCAAAAGUAAAAGAUAACCAUUUAAGUUUCACUAUAGUUUAAACAAAAAAAAAGACAAAUGAUACUGACUUUAUGGAUUAUGGUGGGAAGGUUUCGUUUUAAAUCUCAUUUCUGAAACUCACGUUUGUAGCAAGAAUGGUAUCUCCUCUCCUUUUUUUUUUUGGUCCAUGUUUCCAUAUCCUUUUUCCCUUUUCUUAAAACUUUUUAUUUUAUUUUUUAAACGCAAAUUUGCUUUUUAUGGUCCAAAUUUUGAACCAAGAGAGAUGGAGUCCCAACCCAGAUGUUUCUGGAGUUGUUAAAAUGCUGUAAAUUUACUCCCUGGAAUUUCUUUUAUCCUUUCUUUUAUCCUUUUUUUUUUUAAAAAAAAAUCUGUCUUAAUGUCACAAAUUGUUGCACAAAUAUUGCAUAUAUAUGAUAAUGUUAAGCAGAUAACCAAGCACACUGUACAUGGUAAUGAAUGUUUAAAAAAAAAUCACUUCUGUGGGUAACAAAAAAAAUAUAUACGUUCCCCCUCUUUAUUUUUCCUCAAUCUCACCUGGCAGCAGGCCAAUUUUUCAUUUCCUAUCGGCUCAGUUUAAUGGACUAACGACUAUCCCAUAAUUUCAAUAAACAGCCAGAAUUGGGUGGGUUUUAGGGUUUUCAGGAGCAAAGGCUGGGAAAGAAAGAAAGGAAAAAUGUAACCCCCACCCGUGGAACCUUUGGCUGGAUCUGAGGCAAGAUCCAAAUCAAUUUUUUUUAUUUUUUAGUGAAAAACACGAUUCUGAGGUUCUUCUAAAUUCAACCAUUACAAUGGAAAAAGUUGUUGGGGGGGGGGGGAAUGUUUGGUAUUUGCCAGCUGGGGUGGGUGGAUGUUGGAUUACUCCUAGAAUCGCAUGCUGUAGAAACGCUGAAGUGCAUAAUAAAACUAAGACGUCCUUCUCUUGUGUUUUCUUUCGAGAAAUUAACCUCAUCCUUUUUCUUUUAAUUUUUUUUAAAAAAGAAAACAAGCAAUUAGUAACCUUUGCUGAUUUUCCUUACUGCCGCCACACUGGGGUGCGUUAAAAACUGAUUUGAACCGACGAAUGAAAAGUCUCCAGACUUUUUUUUUUUUUUGCACAUCUGGAAGUAGGGUGAUCAAAGUUAUCAUUUUUAAUAAGGUUUCUCCAUUCCACCCCCCUCCGCUCCUUUCUCCUCCUCCCUCAAAAAAAAAAAAGCAAAUUUGAAAGCAAAAAAAGCAAGCUAUUUAAAUAAUCCCUUAGAUUCAAGUUUGGAGUAGAGAAAGAAGAAAUUUAAAAAAAAAAUUAAAUCCCCUUUGCAUUUUGAAAGCUGACAGGCCAUUUGGACAGCAAAUUGUUUGGAUAAAGUUUUUUGAUUCUUCCUCUUCUCCUCCCUUCCCCCCCCCUUUUUUUAAAGCAGUGAUUUUUUUAAAAAAAUCCUCUUUUCACUCUUGCGUUUUUCCCCCCUUGCAACAUUCUGUACACAAUGUGCUGUAAUCGUGCAUUUUUUUUUUUAAAGGCCUGGAUUUGGCACCUUGGAUUUUUUUUUUUUUAAAUAAAUCACCCUCUUUCCUCUUCCCUUGCUCCCCCCCUCUGCCCCCAUUUGAGAUAAAUCUCUGCAGAGCUUACUCUGCACCCCGGUUCCUUCACUUUUUGUAUUUAAUUUUAAAAGUCAGUGUACUUCAAGAAAGUGGAUGCAAGAUAGAUCCUAUAUUAAAAUGUACUGUUAUUUAAGAUGUAAUAAAGCAGUUUGACAUGAA